UUCACGAUGACACAGGCCUUUCAUACACACGCGGAAAACGUCUGUCAUGUCGCAUACACACACAUGGAUGCACGGAAGCGACGAAUGGCCGGGCAGAAAAACAUGCCCGCCCAUCCAUCCAUCCAUCCAUUCAUCGACCUUGCACUAAGCGGCACCGUCCUUCAUUGUUUGUAUAAAUGCAUACAGACAGGGACAAAAUCGACCAUGCCAUGCACACCCAAGGGAUAGACAGAUAGUGUCAAAACGGUGCACCGAGCACACAGACAGGAAGGCAGGGUCUCCAUCGCAAAAACUCCACGGCAUGAAUGAUGGGCAUCGAGAAGACCAUUGGCUGUACAUACAGCAGUGUAUGUGUGUCUGUCCAUCUGUACAUGGCGGCAUUGUACUGUCCGUGCGCAUACGAAAAGAGAGUGGGAGCACAUGAAAAAGUCGCCCCGGUUCACCCGCCGAUCUUGAUCAUGGGCCGAUUGAGGUUGGCCUGCUCGGCCAGGAAGUGCAUGCCUCCGUGGGCCUUCUUCUUGGCUUGGACGGCCUCCUUGACCACACCCAUUACCUCAUCGUCACUGUUGCCGCUGCACAGACAGACACACAUACACACACGCACAGAGGGGUGGAUGGGUCGCACAACAUAACUAUGUACACACGUGUUGCUGGUGCUGACCUGCGCAGCACGUUGCGUAUGUUGAACUCUUCCACGCCGAACAGACAGUUCUUGAGAUUGCCGUCGGCCGUCAACCUACACACGCACCCGCAAUUCACACGCCAUCCAUCCAUGCAAAAAGUAACUAGCAGACGCCACAUACGUACCGGAUUCGGUUGCAUGACCCGCAGAACAUGUCUGACAUGGACGAGAUGAACCCCACAUAGCCGCGGAAUCCCGCCACACGAUACAGCUGGGCCGUCUCGUUGGGCGACGGGUCAUCCGCCUAAACACACGCACAUAGAAAGCAUACAAGGUCUCGCGUGUGUGCAGGGAUAUGUGAAUACCCACCCGCGCGAGUGAGGGGAAUUCCUUGCGUAUUUUCUUGAUCAUGCUCUCCUUGGUCACCAUGCGCUUGUCCGACCAACCUGCGACGAAACACACACGCGUCAUUCGUCCGUGGAUGAAGGUGCAGACAUUAGUGUGUCCGGCGAUCGGUCAAUACCGUUUUUGGUGAAUGGCAUGUACUCGAUGAACCGGAUGUGGACGGGCCACUCCUCAGUCAGACGGACAAAGUCACACAGCUCCUGCACACAUACGCACACAUCCACACAGAAAGGCGUGGAUACAGGCAUCAGUAUAACAGGUGUCUGCGUGUCUGCGGGCUCAUGCGUGCUCACAUCGUCGUUGAAUCCCUUCAUGACGACACAGUUGAUCUUAAGCUGACAGAAGUCGCCCUCAAGCGCCGAAUUGAUCGACUCCCUGCAUCCACAUCCAUCAGGCAACACACCCAGUCACGUAUAUACAUGUGUGUGUGUGUAUGUGUAUUUGUGGACACGUACCAGACUUUCUCGAACCCAUUUCGCCUCGCCAUGAAAGCGAAUUUGGCGGGCACGAGUGUGUCGAGGCUGAUGUUGAUGCAGUUCAUCCGCGCCUUCUUGAGGGUAUCGAUGUGCCGCAUCAACGUCACGCCGUUGGUAGUCAUCUACACACAAGCACGGAUGCACGGUCCCAGAGCGAUCGCGAUGCGUGUGUAUAAUGUCUGCAUGCAUCGUGCUCACCGCGAACGUCUUGAGCCCGGGUAUCUCGCCGAGGCGCAUCGCAAGGUCACCGAAAUCCUUACGGACGGUCGGCUGCGGAACAGACAUGACAUACGAGUACGCCCACAUCGACCUGAGCCUCGGCUGUGAGCGUACCUCUCCCCCUGUGAGUCUGAUCUUGUCCACUCCCGCUUGAGCAAACAUGGACGCGAAACGGACGGUCUGCCGUAAGUUAUGGCACAGUCGACAGAUGACAUCUCGUGAUCGAUCUAUAUAUGCGUCUGUAGUUCUCUUUGUACCUCGUGUGCAGUGAGUAUUGAGUCGUUUGGCGACAGGUCGAUGCCGUCGGCCGGCAUGCAGUACUGGACAGACACAGACAGACAGACAUGGGGGUACAUAUGUGCGCCAUCCAUCCAUCCAUCCACCCACCCAGCACCGCUCACCUGGCAUCUCAGGUUACACCUCUCUGUCAGAGAUAUCCUGCAUCCGACAAACAGAAACCAGACGUUGGCAUACACGGACAGGUGUGCACACACGUGUUGCUGUGGUUGCGAUUUGUGUACUACCUGAGGUAUGUAUGGCUUCUGCCAAAGCGGUCGACCAAGCACUCACGCCAAUCUUCACGCACAUCCGCCCACAGCUCACCUGCACACACACACACACACACACACACACAGAGAGAGAGAGAGAGAGAGAUGUGCAUACCGAUGGGAAUGAUCUCCCGAGUUACACUAACUGAGUGACCGACUGACCUCUCGCGAAGUGUUCACUCUUGAGGCCAUUCAGGCGAACGACCUUCCGCUGCUUGGCUGGGCGCACAUCAUCAGAUGCCAUCUGUAGCACAAACACAGCACACAGAAAGGCUCACAAAUGUGUCUGUUCAUAUGAAGCACACUUACGCUCUGAGGCGCCCUCCUGGUCUCGGCAACAAACAGGGGUACCGCCGAUGCAUCAACGGCGGCAGGCGCGGCAACGGGAAGGUUGCGCAACGGACGACUGAAGCGGAUCAUGCCUUCCGCUCUUCCUUCAGACAAUCCAUGAGAAGCAGAGGAGAAUCAACGUGAGAAGCGAACGACGAGAUCUGUGUCCGAUUACCUACCUGUCGCUUUGCUGCGUCAGGCCCUCCUGUUUCUGCUCCUUCUCUGGC